UGGAGUCAUUGGGAUGAGUUUACUUGUUAAUGAGUACUGAUGCAGGGAUAAGAUUCAUCAUUGUGUAUUACUGACUGUAAGCUCAAUGAGUGAAAGAAUAUAACCUUUUUUUUAGUGUAGAAAAUCGUCAUUUGAAAUCCUUUCAUAUGCUCAAGCCCAAAGAUUGUUAGCAUGUCUCUGUGAUCCUUAUGGCAAAUCCAACUGGUACAUUAUGAUGUAUUGUAUAUUUCAUUUGAAUCUCUUUUGCUGGGUGCUGACCCUAGAUGUGCAUUUUGUUAAUUUCAUGUUUUUCAGUAAAUUCUUUCUUCACAUGGGGUAUUAGUCAGUUUAAUUGCCCUAUCUUUUGGUUCCUGCUUUGUAGUGUCCUCAGUACCCAUCUAGAUAUCUUACUAUCAGAAUAUGAUUCACCUUCAUUUGUAUUUUCUAGACUUGGUAUGUGUAUUGCCUCAUAGUUACUUAUGGGUUGUAUUCCAGGCCUAUAUUUCCUGAAGAUGAGUCAAUAACCGAUGCAGAGAAUGACAAAAUACCAAUUGGAGCACAGAAGCAUUUUGCCAUAGAAGUAACUAAUCUCUUCUCUUUUUCAGUGAGAUCCACUGUGAAUGGUCAUGAACAGUGGUUGGAGAUGUAAUUUGCAGGCUGCUUUAAUGUUACAGUUUCCUGGGUGUAACUUCUAUAGAUCUGAAUAUGCAACAAUCACAUGGUAUUUGCCACUAACUUCUGUGCAGGUUGAAGUCACCGAUAGUUAAGGUUAAAGUCACUAAUCUCUUACUCUACUCUCACAAAGUGAGAGAUUAUUGACUUUAAGCUGUGAAGAAUGGUUUAGUGGAGGUUAUAUAUGAUAUAUAACUGUCCUUUGCUCUCCCUUUGUCAAAUGGAGAAUGGCAUAAUCAACCCGUCGCCAGAAAUUGCUGAUCAAAAUCCUAUGGUUUUAGAUGGGAUCCCCUCACAUUUGUUGUCAGAUGCACUUGUCCAGUCUCUAAUUCUUUAUAGCCGAAGCCAAAUCAUAGCUGGAUAUCCUUUGCUCCCAACUUUGCAAGGAGAAGAAAUGAAUGAUCUCCAAGACGACUUCCCAAUGACAAAUCAUGGUGGGAUUGUCGAUUCAAAUGCUUCGAUAUCUAGAAAUUUGCUGCUCAAUAGACAGGCCAUUAGAAAUGCCUCAGUCAAAAGUUUGCAUCACGUCAACAACAUUGAACUUCAGGAGCAGUUCAGCGGAGAAACAUCUCUUUCUGCUACAUAGCUUCCUAACAUUUUGGAAACUUCCAGUACUCUGCAUGAAAAUCUUGAUAGGGUCACAAUUUAUACCCCAACAACAUUCCCAUUGGAGGAUUUGAGGAUUUUUGCUUCAAAUGGCUACUACACUUCAGAUUCAUCAUUUGCAGCCUCUAUGAACGAUAGAUACAAUAGAGGACAGGGUGAUGCAGAGCUUAUGGCACCGAAGGACUGCAGUUUUCCUGGGCAAUUGGAUGGUAAAUGGGAUAUCAAGAAGUCGCUAGAUGGUGAGUAGCUUACUGGGAAAACUCCGAUGAAUGCUUUUAGUGAGCCAUACCGUUUUGUUGGUUGCUUAGGCCCCAGUGCUUGGAUUACAUCUAACAUGUCUAACUACAGUGCGGAUGAUUCGUACACCUAUCGUAUGCCUAAUAAUGAGCUGUCUCUGAGUCUUGCCAAAUACCAACCAUCUAUUACCACUGUACCCACCAUUCCACAUCAGUGCUCAGAAAUAAGCUGCUCUGGUUUUACUCAGCAUUCUUUGCACGAAGUAGGGAUGGGUACUGGAUUGGAUUCAGAGCAAACCUGUAGCAAGAGUAAGGAGCUUUCCCUGAGUUAUGGUUCAUAUAAAUUUUUCGACAUCUCACAUAUUUUGUCGGGAUCAAAAUAUCUCCAUGUGGCUCAGCAAAUACUCACUGAAAUUGCAAGCUAUUCGCUUGGAAAUCUAGACAACAUUAGCUAUUCACCAGGACAGAUUGGUAAUCGGGCGAAGAUUUCAUUUUCUUCAAAUUUCUCUGAUAUGAGAGAGAUUUCAGUGGACUCUGACGAAUCUCAGUACUCUGCUGAAGCAGUCAGAUCCAGGGAUCAAAUUAAGUUCACACUGCAAAGACAGGAAAUUAAAACAAAGUUAUGCUGCCAGGUUGAUAACAGAUAUAGCCACUGUUUGGAUGAGAUCCAUACAGUAAUUUCUGCAUUUCAUGCUGCAACUGAGCUGGAUCCUCAGAUACAUGCUCGUUUUGUUCUUCAAAAAGUCUCCCUCCCAUAUAGAAACUUAGGGGAGAGAAUCGCCAAUCAAAUCCUUGCUAUUGGGGAAGGCCUCAGCAAUGGACGUAAUAGAGAGGGGACAUCUUUCAAGUCAUCUUUCAUCCAAAAGCAAUGGGCUCUGAUCCCGGAGGUGUGGGUUGUGAGAGGGGUGGAUACCUCUGAUGACGUGUAGUGGAUAGAGUCAUACCCUUGUGAUCAGGGAUUUCGUUCCUUGAAUAUAGGAGUGGAUGAGGGCAUGUUUCUGAGAGCCCUG